AGAACAUUACUCGUUUGUCAUUCAUUCUCUUGUAACCUAUAAUACUUUCAGAGCUGUGCUCCAGUCUUUCGCUUUUAUCUCUCUUUUAUUUACUUCUGCACUUCUGGUAAAGAGCUUCAUCCAACCAUGAAGGCCUUCGUUAUCCUUACCCUCGUCACGUCCAUCUUGGCAGCGCCUACGCAGACGCUCGAGCGCCGUCAGGCUAACAGUGUGAUUCCUUCUGCCCCCUCUGAGUUCAAGGCGUUGGCAGCUCCCGCCCCCAGCGCUGCCCCUCAAGCAUCUGGAGGGCAAUCCGGUGGUGGUAGCGCUGCUGGCGGCGGGCUGGGCGAUCUUGCGAGCCUGAUAGGACAGGGUGUACAAGGGAUUACCAAGCUCAUCAGCACUGUUGCGGGGGCUGCUGGCGGCGGCGGCGGUGAUAGCGGCAAAGCAGCCGAGAGUAGUGGUGGAGGCGGCGGUGAUCUCGGUGAUCUGACCAAGCUGAUCGGCGAAGGGGUAAAGGGUAUCAGUAGCCUGGCUGGUGCUGCAGGCGACGCUGGUGGUGGACUUGGAGAUCUCACAAGCCUUAUCGGCAAUGCCGCUGGCGGCCUUGGAAGUAUUGGUAACCUCUUGGGGGGUCUAGGGGGUCUAGGUGGGCUGCUUCGCAGAGACGUAACCCCAGAGAUGAUCUCACGAGCCAUGGAGAAUAUCGAUGUAUCUGACCUGGAUGAUGACGAGUGCAUAAUUGAGAAGCUAGGUGGCAUGCUUCCUGGAGAGGCAGCUCCUGCUAGCUAAGCUCACGCGGAGAGCUACAUACCAGUUGGAAGUUUGCUUUCGAUAGUGACAAUCUUGGCUUGGCUGAAGGAGAAGAUGUACAGCGUCACAGUCAGGGCGCGAUAUGUGCCACUUAACUUGGUCGUCCCAGUUAUAUUGUUAUAUAUUUUACAUGUGGAGGCUACUCCAGAUACUACCAUUGUUCUUUUCUAUGUUGAUAUCACACUAUCUGAACGUUCAUUUACAUUCAAGCAUUAUUCUCUCUAA